UUCCUCAUGACGCUGCGCAUGCGUAGUGACACAUGGGAUCAUGGCGGAAAAGGUGUUGUAGAACGCUGUGCCCAUGCAAUUAACCGUUGACCAUAUUUGUGUAGUGGUAGCAUGCAGGAAAGUAUUGCUUGAAUGUGCGGAUCCUAUCAAAUCACAGUUGGAUUUGCCCUAGGAUUACAAGGCAUCUGAGUGAAAGACCACCUUUUUUAAAAAAAAAAAAUCCCCCAGCUUUGGCGGUCAACAAGGUCAUAACUUGUGAAGGAAGUGUACUGUUCCCUGUCUUCACUAAGGACUGUCCAAAAGGCACCAGGCAUCAGUAUCUGUGCCCCAAUUCAUAGCUGUCGCCAUGGCCAGUUCAGAAGAAGUUGUUAUGACCCCUACCAAAAAGGGGAAGACAACUCACAUAAAAAUUGAACGCAAAAAAAGAGAAGCAAGUGAUGCUGAAGCCGUGGUUCACGUGGCUGGAGGUCCACAUUCUGGCUUGGUCAUCGCUAAGAAUACAGCAGAUGGGAUUGAAGACCUAGGCAAACCUCAGCUUCAACUAGGUUUCAUGUGUUUUCUGGUUGAUCAGAAAACUGAUGAACAUUUCGUGGAAAGUCGUAAGCUGAAGUUCUGGUACGUUGAUGGCACAGACUACUACAACCAGGUUACAACAGCAUAUGAAUUUUUUAAAGAGCUUGUUCGGCCAGAAGAUUUCCCAAGAGACUAUGUGGGGUUCAUCAAAAAAUGCAUGAAGCAGAUGCAGAGUACUCGGUACAGUUUAGCCAAAAAAAUAGACCUGGAGAUACAGCAUCUGGACAAAGGGGAAGCGCCUAUGACCCCAGGAAGCUUGAUAUCUCCAGAGCACUUUGGCAUUGAGCAUAUAAACGGGAUGGGUUUUGCUAAAGAAGACACGCGGCCUGUGGAAGAAAUUGUGCGGGAGAAGUUGUUGACGGUGCUAGAGUCUGCUUAUCCAAAUGUUUUGUCUGUUGAAGACUUGACCAGGAUCACUGCCUCUGAUGAACACAUGAUCCUGAUGCAGCUACAGGAGCUAAAGACACGAGAACUUGUACGCACCAUGGAGAAUGGUGGUUUUGUUCGACAGGUGCUGGAUGACAAAACAGAGGUCCAGAUGGUGAAGCAGAUGCCAACAAUAGCAGCCAAUCAACAGCCAACUAUUGCCAUCAUCACAUACCUGUAUUAUGAGAAGAUUGCAGUAGAUGCAAUGAUGGAGAACAAAACAACAUAUGUCAGAUACAAGACUGAAGGAGAGUCCAAUGUCUACACCACUGGCUACAUUGGGGAACACAAAGUAGUGUCAACUAAACUGCCAGCCAUUGGUCACAUACGAGCAGCCCAGAUUUCUUCUGGAAGCAUCACAACUCGUCUCUUAGGUACUUUCCAGAAUAUUGAACAUGUGUUCAUCGUAGGUGUGGCAGGUGGGGAACCACAGUUUGCAGACUACUAUAGGCACCCACGUUUGGGUGACAUUGUCUUUUCAAAGUGUGAUUCUAAAGGCAACAUGUACUAUCACUGUGACAAAAUUACACAGGACAAGACAGGAGAGACUGAAUUCAGUCUAAAGACAUGGGCACCAAGAGACUUUCAGCUGCAGCGCAUUGUAGAACGUUUCCAGGAUUUGCGCAGUGCAAAUCCAGACUUUGCUCCAUGGGAACCAUAUAUUGAGGAAGGGCGGGAACUGCUGCGAGGCCAGGAAGCUAACUUUUCACGUCCUGCACCUGAGACAGACCGCCUUUACAUGAGCAUUGGUGACAAUCAGGUAAUUGAAGUGCAGCAUCCAGAACCCCCGGAUGGCAGUGUUCGGCGAACAGAUGUUCCUGGAGUUCAUUUUGGCACCAUGGGUUCAGGUCGACCAGUCCGUGGUGAGCUGUCGCGCCAUGAGUUUGCAAGUCGCUAUGGCAUUGUCGCAUUUGACUCUGAGUUUGAUCAGGUGCUGGAAUCCAUUGUUGGAAACAGAAAGGACAGUUUUAUGUUCGUUCGCGGUGUCGCUGACUACUAUGAUGGCAUGAGAAACAAAGAGUGGCAGCCAUAUGCUGCCCUCGCUGCUGCUGCCGCCACCAAAGCCAUUAUCAAAUCUCUGCGCAACACACAGUUGGACGAUGAGUGAACUGUUCACAGGAUGCAGCAGUGAGCAUACUGCAGUCCCUUUAAUAUUUCUGUAAUACUUUUAGCAUAAGUCAAUGAGAGUUUACAGUCAUUUUUAAGUGCUGCUUUUUUUUCAUCAGUGUCACAUGUAUCCAAAUGAAAUGUGCCUGCUGUAGAUGGAUUUAGGCACAAAUAGCACUAUUUUGUUUUGUUUUGUUUUUUUCCUUUCCAUGGGUCUGUGCAUAUAGAAAUUGAAAAGCUUAUUGCUGUCUAGAUUUCUGAUGUUUCUUUGCUUUGUUCACUUUCAGAUGGGAGAGGCUGUUUAAACUUCUUCAUAUUUCUGUUGAUCAGAUAUUGACCUUUUUUUUUUCCUCAAUCUGUGAUGUGGCUGAGAAAAAUAGAAUAAAAGCAAAAAUGAAGAACAUGCUUUUCUCAUCUUUGUUGAUGGACUAUGAGAUUGCAACACUCUUUUAUUGCUUUAAUAGUUGUCACAGUAAUGUGUGCCAAAUUGGUUUCCUUCAUUUUUUCAGUGUAUGAACCUACUGGCAGUUUUUAGGUUAGGUCAGUUUAUUUUUAAACAUAUUAAGUCGGUACAUAAAGGGUUAUGUGCUUUGACACUCUUCUUCAUCAACUCCUCCUAGCAAGAACUUUUUCUCUCUAAACCUUAUCUUUCUGUUGUCAGAAAGGAUCUCGGUUACUUACAUUUGUCGUCUUCAUCAAGAAGCAUCUUUAAUACUUAAGACAUCAGUGCUCAUCUUUAUCAUCCUUUACUUCAAGACUUUACUGUUUUGUCUGUAUAUUUCCUGUGCCUUGCAGGGCUGAAACUUUUAUUUUUUUAACACAAGAAGUUAUUUGUUGUCUUUCUCUUUGUUGAGCUUCUUUGAGCUUUAUUAGUUGUUAUAACUGUAAAAUCUGUUGUAUUAUAUACUUACUGCUUUUGAAAUUGAGUCCAUCACUCGCCUUUCUUUAUGCAUAUAGCAUGUCAGCCUUGUGCUCUUAGAGUUUAAAGAUGUUCUUGAAUAAUUUGCCACUCUUGCCAUGGUUUUGUGCCCACAUAUUGAAAGAAGGUAUGGGCUUCAAAUAUCAUUCUCAAAGUUCCACCAAAAUCAGACAUGCAUAUCCUUGGAAAGUUUACUCAUAAUUGUGCAUGUAAACAGUUAACAAGGUGAAAACAUGGAUAGAUUGAGCUAGUGGCAAGACUUUUACCUUUUAUGUUGAUAUCCUCAGCAUGAGUUGCUUCCAAGGCUUGUAUUCAUGGUAUCAGCAAUUUACCCAUAUGUAAAAUUGCCCCAAUUUUUUGGGAAACCAAUUGGGAUAGUUAACCCAACAGAUAAAUUAUCUCCACAUUUAUUAGAUACCAAGAAGAUGAAGUUAACGAACCAACUGAUAGAGUGGAAAUUCAUUAAAAGGGGGAGAUUACACAUUGCAUUAAAAAAAAACCCAUGAAAAAUUGAAAAGAAAACCCCAAGAAAGUACAAUAAGUCCAAUUUAUUCACUUGAAUCAUACCUGUUGUCAAACAUUAAAUGACAGAAAUACUGAUUUGUUUUAUCCAGACACAAAAUAACCCAUGGCCUCCCCCUUUCUCCCCAGAAGAAAGCAAAAUGAAAUGUUGAUUCACCUAAUUCCAUGGUUUUUUUUUGGGGGGGGGGGGUGGGGAAGAGGAGACUGAAAAGAAAUGCUGACUGAGAUGUUCAUUUUCUUUCUUUUUAAUGGCACAUGUUAAGCUCAAAUUAUCGGUAGAAACAGUAAUUACUAAUUCUGUACAGUCAUGUUUGGCCAGUCUCAAAAACUUUUAUGUUCACCUCUGAUUGAGUUAACGUGAUGUUCGCCAUUUUUACCGGGCUAGCUCUAUUUCAUUAGCAUGUGCCCCACCAUACCAUUGAGAAGGACUUUUCUGCCGUGAAUACAUUUCAGACACUACCUGUGGGCUGCUGAUUUAAUUAGUUUGAGUAGGAUAGCAGGCUGGGUAAUUAUGCUUUAUGAAUGCGAGUCCUAAGUAAACAAAUUGGUAUUGCCAACACCAGCAGACAAAAUGCUUCUUACCUAGUAAAAGCUUUAUGUAGUUUACCAGCAUGUUCGCAUGCAGUGUUCUCACUAAUGGGCACAAACAUUUCAUUUCAUUAUGUAAUUCACUAGUAAGUAAAUUUUAACAAAUUUCUGUGUCUUCCCUUGCAUGGUACAGAACAUAAUCACAUAACUUUGACCAUAGAACUUUCACAGCUUUGUGCAGUUAGCAUUGUAUUUAGUCACAAAAAAAUGAACAAGUGGUUGUAGCUCAGAUGUAAAGUAGUAAAAAUGCACAAACAGCAUUUCUCGUAAAUUUCUUCAGUUAUGACAAAUUUUUUUCCCUGCAAACUGUGAACUCUACAGACUUGGGCAGUCUGGUGGUGCAAAGGUUAGCGCUUGUCACCAAUUCUGUGAGGGUUGGCCAUCCUGGAUUUAGCUCUCGUCUCGGGCACGCUGUUCUUUCUGCAUGUGGCAUCUAUUCACAGGGUUAGCUGCCUUGCCGUGAUAUAGCCUUAGUUGUCGGCUCGGCAUAAAACACCCAUUCCACCCCACCCCCAAUCCUCUAUAGGCUUCAUAGAUCCCAGUGAGAAAUAGGUAAGCUGUGUUUUCACAGAGUGUAACACACUUUAUUUUUGUGUGAUAUAAACAAAGGGACCUUGGUUUUUGUACUUUUUGAAAAGUACUUGCCAAUGACCAUGUUUAAGCAUGUUUGUUUCAGGUUUUUUCCUUUGUUUUUGUUAUGAAUACUGCAAUCAUUCCAUUUUUUUAUAUACAUCUUUGUGUAACAGAUUGUUCUGUAUAUACACUAGAGCAUAGGUCUGUGGUAAUUGAAAUUGUAUAUUUUAAAAGAACCUCUAAAGUAACCACAAAACAUGAAAUUGUAUAUGUGCAUGUGGAAGAGAAAUAAUAGCAUGUAAAGGUGAAUGAGGCAAGUUCCAUAAAAAUGAGACAGUAAUAAAAAAAUGCUAAAAUCCCUAAUAUCUCAGCCCUUUGUGUUGGCCCUUUGCAGACUGAUGGAGGUCAAUAGCUAGAUUAUUUUACUUUGCUGGAGCACAAUAUUUGUAACUUCUCUCGGAAUUGUUAAACCUCCUUUUAUUCAAGAUAUACAUUAGUGUAUAUACACAACUGAUGCAUGCCUGUUGGUGUUUACGUCAUUGGUCACAAACUUCAAAAAAACAAACCUAAGUGUGGCGCUUACUAAAAAGAAAAAAUAAAAGUUAUUUGUAAUAUAGCAAACUGUAUCACAAAUUUUGCAACAUCAGAUAUGGUGUGUCUAGUGCAUUUUUUUGUCACGUCAAGAUUCAGCUUAGAAAAUUCUGUAAAAUGCAAAUUAUCCAUCAUCAUUGGUAUCCCAUUUGAAGGAAAAGCUUUUUAGGCAGAAUAGUAAAUACACAAACUUGAACUUUAUAAAAGUACACUCUUCUUAUUCUGGUAGCCACAUAAUGGCCAUCUUCAACUAAACACCAUUUUCUGCUUCUAGUCGCAAGUGUACCUCAAAGCUUCAUUGUAGGUAACUUAAUUGGUUGCUUAUACUUGAUUUUUUUUUUGUCAGCAUCUUGCUCAGUAGUAUUUUCAGCUUCAGAUGUGCAACAGGCUGUUUCAGUAGCCAUAACAAAACAUUUUCUGGACUUCCUUUCGUAGAAACAAUAUUACCUUGUAUAUAGGUGUUGGUCAACUGGUAUUUGUUUUAAUGAGGGAUAAGGAUUUGAUGUUAUUUCCUUUUUUUCUGUCUUUGUUGCCAUGUCAUUUCUCUUUGCCUUUGCAAGGCUUCAGGGCUAGAACUUGGUGAACAUUCCAAAUAUUGAUGUAUUGAGUGAUAUGCCAAAGCGGCAGUUUUCUCUAAUGAUAUUUGUGAACAGUUUACGAAUCUGUUGGCAGAUGCAAUGAAUAUGCACCCAUUUUAUAUGUAUGUAGUAUGCGGUACAUUUAUGUAGUAAAUGGUGAAAUGUAAUGGUGCUUUUUUUGACCAACCAUUGAUCAGGCUAAAGCCAAGCAAAAUGCUAAAAAAUCCAUGAAGAUCUGUGGUCUGGCAGAUGCUGUAGACAUUGCUGUGUUACAGACUGGAGGACAGUAAUGUGCAUCUGCAGGUUAUGCUCCCUCUGAGUUAUGAUAAAUACAUUCUGUGGCCGAAGUCUUGAUUGCUGGCAUGCAGUAUUCUUUCAGACAAGCAUACUCUGAUCAUGUGGGACCUCAGUGUUCAGACUGAAGUGUUGGCAUACUUGUUUACAGAUGUUAGUGAAUGAAUUAGAGACCUCUUUAUAUUAUUCCUGAAGUAAUUGUAUAUAUUGUCUGUAGCAUCUCAUCCUCACUGAAUGCAUUUUUUUUUUGGCUGCAGUACCAACAAAUGUUUUUCUUAAUCCCCAUCACACACAACCAUUUUUACCCUUCUUACUUUUGUAGCCCCAUAGCACUUAUCAUCAAUAAGAUCAGUGGUUGUAGAAUGUAGGGUUUUUCCCCUUCCCCCAUGCUGAGUUCAGAUAAGCUGUUCAGUGACAGUAUUACCUACAGGCUUGUAUGAUGCCUGCACUUACUACAUUUUACAAGGGACACGUUUUCGUGUUGACAGUGUUUACAAAGAAUAGUGUAUCCAUUCAUUAUAAAUUUUUUCUUGCUCCAUGCCCAAAUGUGAACAUAUUUAGAUUCAGAAUUUGCUCUACCUGCUUUGUCCUUCAAUGUAAGUAGAAGAUGACAAAUGCCAGGUUGGAAUCCUUAGUCAAAAGUGUGAAAAGGCAGUUGUGGUUGGUAUUUCCUCUUGGUUUGUAGAUGUGCAUAAUUUUGCUCCCCCUCAAAAAUGUAGUCAGUUCUCUUAACUAAAACUAUGUCUCUGUUUUUAUGCUUGUGAGUUUGUAAGUACUUUUCUUAGGUAAAUUUGUUUUAUAAUCCCAAGAUGCCAUUAAAAUUUAUUGACUUU